AUGCAUAUUGAUGAUGAUACACAAAAUGUGACUAAAAUAAAAUCACAUUUGGUGAUCGAUAUGCAAAACCAUCAUGAUAUCAUCAAGGAGAAAUUAAGUGAUUAGCCUAGAAAGGUUUUGAUUCUAAAUACAGGUGGAACAAUAUCAAUGUUUCCAUCUUAAACAGGAUAUGUAACAAAAACGGGUGCAUUGAAAAACUUUCUAUAAAACAACCCAUUCUCUUGUGAUAUGGAUUACACCUAUUUUAAGGCUACUGAUGAUUUUCUAAUUACUCCUAUAACCGCCUUUAACCGAAGGAUAUGGUUUAAAGUAGAUGAAUUAGAUAAAUUACUUGAUUCUUCAAACAUUACUCCAGAUGAUUGGGUAACCAUAGCUGAGAGAAUUGAGAAAGCCUAUAAAUAAUAUGAUAGUUUCAUUAUUUUACAUGGAACAGAUACAAUGGCAUUUACUGCAAGUGCAUUAUCUUUUAUGUUCCAAAAUCUAUCCAAAACAGUUAUAUUAACAGGCAGUUAAGUACCUUUAUCAUAACCAAGAAAUGAUGGGUUUACUAAUUUUCUCAAUGCUCUUACAAUAGCUGGUCAUUUUACAAUACCAGAAGUAUUAAUAUGUUUUUAAGAUAAAUUAUUGAGAGGUAAUAGAGCUUAGAAAGUGAAUUCAUCUUCUUUGGAUUCAUUUGAUUCUCCAAAAUUCACUCCAUUAGGAUAUUUUGGAGUGAAUAUUAGUAUUAAAUGGGAUAUUAUUUUAAAGAAUCCAAAUGAAGAGAAUUUAUAAGUGAAUAAGAAAUUUUGUACAAAUAUAAGUUUAAUACGAUUGAAUCCAUUAUUAAAUCAUGUUACUUUAAAUGAGAUAUUUAAGAAUGAGAAAUUGAAAGGAGUAGUAAUAGAGACAUAUGGAGCAGGUAAUAUGUAAACAGAAGAAAAGUUUUGUAAUGAAAUUGCAUAAGCAGCUUAAAAAGGAAUUGUAAUAGUCAAUAUAUCUUAAUGUCAUACAUCAUAAGUAGAAAUGAUUUAUGAAACAGGCAUAAUAUUUGAAAAUAUGGGAGUGUAUAAAUAUAUAAUUUAUAUAUUUUUUAGAAUAAGUGGAGGUGAUAUGACAUCAUAAGCAGCUUUUACAAAACUGGGAUAUUUAUUAGCUUAGACUGAUGAUGUUGAUAGAAUUAAAGAUGAAUUUCAAAGAGAUAUAAGAGGUGAAUUAACAGAAUCAGGUGGUACUGCUGAAACUGAACCUUUUUUAAUGGCAUUAUCAUCAGCCAUUAAAUAAUAACAUUCAAAAAUAGAUCUUAACAAAGAUCUUGUAUUUCCUAAUAUCUUAUGUUAAAUAUGUGUACAAAAAAAGAAAUUAUCAUCAAUGAAAUUAUCUAAGAUUGUAAUAGAUUAUUUAUAUAUAUUAAUAAUAGGAAAUCAAUUAUAAAGCAUAAGAUUAUGAUAAAAGAAGUAUAUUACAUGUAGCUGCUAGAGAAAGUUCAUUAGAAAUUGCUGAACUCAUUCUAAGAAAAUGUCCAUAAAUUGUUAAUAAUGUAGAUAGAUGGAAACAUAGUCCUAUGUAUGAAGCUGUAAUGGCUAAGAAUAAUCAAAUGAUCUAAUUGCUCUUGAGAUUUUAAGGCAAAUUAAUUGCUCCUAUUAAAGAGUUAACCCAACUCUUAAUGUAGGAUAUUGUGAAUGGCAAAGCAGAGAUGCUUAAUCUAUUCUAUGAAGCUGGUGAAAGAGAUUUCACCCAAUAUAGAACAGAAGAUAACAGAACUGUUGCCCAUUUAGCUGUGUCUGUUGGUAAUGAUAUAGCUUUACAAUUCUUAUCAAAUCCAGGAGUAAUAUUUGAUUGGUAGGUCCAAGACAAGUUUGGCAGAAUACCUAAAGAUGAGAAACUUUUAUAGAAAAGACUAUUAAAAAGGUGA